CUGCUCUCAACCACCUUCUCGCUGCUACAGCAAAGAUGGUACGCUCUGCCAUUGCUCAUUCAAUCCUGGCUCGGUGAUAGAUCUGGAUAAUGUCUCUAGCCGUCAUGGGAAAUCCGCAUGUCCAACUCGCGUAAGGUGCCCUACUACUACGACACCCAGAGCGGGCAGUCCGUAUGGGAUCCGCCUGAGGAGCUCACCCAGGAGCAGCUGCACGCGCUGCCCGGCGCGAAGCAGUAUUUACUCGGCGAGGGAGGCAAGCCUGCGCAGGUGCGCGCCAGUCAUCUGCUCGUGAAGCAUAGCGGGAGUCGGAGGCCCAGCAGCUGGAAGGAGCCCAAAAUUACGCGGUCGAAGGAAGAGGCCAUUGAAAUCCUGCAAGGCUACGCCGCAGAGAUCAGCGGCUCUACAGAGAAGUUUAAAGAGCUCGCCAGCGUACACUCAGACUGCUCUUCGCAUGCGAACAAUGGAGACCUCGGCUGGUUCGGGCCCGGACAAAUGCAAAAGCCGUUCCAGGAAGCUACGUACGCUCUGGAAGUAGGUCAGAUUAGCGACAUCGUGAGCACGGACAGCGGCGUCCACCUCAUCUUGAGGACGGGGUGAGAUAUCCGGAUACAACAGCCUCUAUCGGCAGGAUAGUGUCUGUUAUAGGCUUUGUAGGUUCUCGGAUGUAUAACAAGCAUAUCAAAGCGCGAGUUCAUUGUGACCUCAGAGGCAUCGCUAGGGCACAUGUACCUCAACGUCAUACUGCAUCGCCCUCAAUGCUCAGUAGCGACUGUUCAGAAUGCCUGUGUGGGUA